GCGCCCCCCGCUCCAGGGCAUUUCCGCAGCAUCCCACGGCGGGGUUCGGGCUUUAGCGGGCGCCCGGGAGGGGCGAGCCUGGGCUGCUGCAAUGGAGGGGGGAGCUGGCAGGUGAUCAGGGCUGGGUGGAGAGGGUGGUUAGCGCCCAAUACCUCCCCCCUGGAGCGGCGCCACACGCGCUCUGGGCACCGCUGCCCGGGGGUGGCUGGGGGGGAGGCUUGGCACGGUGCGGGCUGCGCGGCAGCUCUCCCAGCGGCUCCGGCAGCGGGCUGGGCUCCAGCGGCUCCGGCUGGUGGCGGCGGCUCCGGGUGUGACCCAGAGACGCUCGCCGGGCGCUCACCUGCUGCCGCCGAGCCGCCCCGCUCCCAGCCCUGCCUCUCGGGGAGCGCCCCGCCCCGGGCCCCCGCUCCGCCACUAGCCCCCUUCCCCGGCUCCGCUGCGCCGCGCGGGGCCAUGCCCUGGGUCCGGCGGGACCGGCUGCUCAUCCUGCUGCUGCUCGGGGCGCUGCUCAGCGCCGACCUCUACUUCCACCUCUGGCCCGAAGUGCGGCGGCAGCUGGCGGGGGCCGAGCCGGGCUGCCCCUGCCGCCGGGCGCCGCGCCCCGCGCUGCCCCCUUCGCCGGCGGCCGCCUCCCCGAGCGCCCGGGGCUCCAAGCUGCGGCGGCUCUUCGCCCACCCGCUCUACCGCGCCCCGGAGCAGCCGCCGCGGGGGCCGGAGGAGACGCUGCUCAGCCGGCAAGAGGCGGUGCGCUACUACCGCCGGAAGAUGGUCCGCUGGAACAGGAGACACAAGCUUUACAGAGAGGAGCUCAACCUAACAUCUCCUGACUCACUGCUGCAGCUCGGGCGGGAAGCAAGCUGGCUCCAGUUCCACCUGGGCAUCACUCGCUAUGGGCUGUAUCCCAGAUCCAGCCCUGCCACUAACAAACUCCUUCAUGACAUGCAAGAUUUUAACACUGUCAGUGCCGAUUACAGUCAGGACGAGAAAGCUUUAUUAGGAGCCUGUGACUGCACCCAGAUUGUGAAGCCUAGCGGUGUACACCUGAAACUGGUCCUGAGGUUCCAGGACUUUGGGAAAGCCAUGUUCAAACCCAUGAGACAGGAACGAGAGGAAGAGACUCCAGAAGAUUGUUUUUACUUCAUUGACUUUCAGAGACACAAUGCAGAAAUAGCUGCCUUUCACCUCGACAGGAUCCUGGAUUUCCGACGGGUCCCGCCCACAAUCGGAAGGCUGAUCAACGUCACCAAGGACAUCCUGGAGGUCACCAAGAAUGAAAUCCUACAGAGCGUCUUCUUCGUUUCACCCGCCAGCAACGUGUGUUUCUUUGCAAAGUGUCCGUACAUGUGCAAGACGGAGUACGCUGUGUGUGGGAACCCUCACCUGCUGGAGGGAUCCCUCUCCGCUUUCCUGCCGUCUCUCAAUCUGGCCCCGAGACUUUCCAUCCCAAACCCCUGGAUCCGGUCCUACUCGUUUGCUGGAAAAGAGGAGUGGGAAGUGAAUCCACUUUACUGCAACACAGUGAGGGAGAUUUACCCCUACAACAGUGGCAACCGGCUGCUCAAUAUCAUCGACAUGGCCAUAUUUGACUUCUUGAUUGGGAACAUGGACCGUCAUCACUAUGAAAUGUUCACUAAGUUCGGGGAUGAAGGCUUCCUCAUUCACCUGGACAAUGCCAGAGGGCUCGGACUCUAUAGUCACAGGUGUGUGUCCAGGGCGUUGGGGGUAGCAGCUGUUCACCCUUGCCUUCCUUUGGCCCCUAGCUUUGGAAGACAUUCUCAUGAUGAAACCUCCAUCCUGGCUCCACUCUCCCAGUGCUGCAUUGCCUUUUCAGCAGAGCAUCUUAUAUCAUAUCAGAAAAACCCAGCUGGGCCUCCCAACACGCCAGGAAUUACAUAAGGAACAUGAGAUGUUGAGAGAUUUGGUGCAGAGGAGCAACUCUUUGAAACAGCCUUCGUACAGCCAUGCUUUCGUAACGCCAACAGAUGUUGGUGGCCAGGAUCAAACCUGGGACCUCUGGCGCUUACUGCAUGAGCUAAAAGAUACCUCUCUCUUAGCCAAGGCUGUUGCAGGCUUAUCAAUCGCUAGCUGGUCUAGGUGCCAUUAGAGGGGGACAGAGUGCCACACCAAGCAGGUGUGGGUUACACUUUCUUCCCAAGAGGUUGGGUUGCUCAUCUAUACAUAGGCUUGGAAGGAUUAGCUUUUUAUUAGUAAAUGUCCACACACACUGAUUUCACUAUACAUGCAGAAACCAAUGAAAAAAUAUUUCCACCACUAAUAAAAAUGUACACAUAGGCAAUGUCUGAAAAGUUAUCAGGGUUUGAUUUAAGGCUAUUUACUUUGUCUAUUGUGACAGGUGAUAUUGUCAAUUUGUGUUUUAAUAGUUAUAAAGCUUUAGCUUUUUGAAUCCCACCCUCUGCUCUCAUUCAAUAAUUAUUUUCUGACCUCCUCCCACCAUAAUUUCAUUCAAUGGUAAAAAAAAACAAUACAAAUCAGAGAACAAAAGGCUUAACACCCGCUAUUUUGUGCGACUGAAAAUUUUAAAUCAACACUUAAAAAUAAACCUCAAUGUCCAUCAAAAUGAUCAACAAAUAAAGGUAUAAGGUGAAUUUCAGACCCAAUUCUUUAGAACCCUGCCUGUAACACUCAGACAAUCUCUGCCUUUUAAAGGCCUGGGAGAAUGUUGAUAUAGUUAAUCAGUCUGGUUUCCCCCUCUCCAAUUAUAAAGUGCUCAUAAAUUUUACUCUUUGAAUCCUAUUUCAGCUACUCCCUUAUUAAUUCACAUAAAUCAAUAGCUGAAAGUUAAAUUAAAGAGCCAUGGUAAGAACUGCUGUUCCCUGUGGUUUCUCUUUAGGAAACAUCUUUUUUCUUUACC